UGAACUAUCUCUUUAACAUCCUUACGUCAGCUGUCACAUGAUGUUUAAUGCAUGAAUAAUUUGCAUAUCAAAUCUGACUUGUGGCUCAAAAACCGAGGGUUUAUUUUAGUGACCUAAUGCGAAGAUGUUGUUUUUAUGUAUUCAGUGACUCAUGCUUUAAGAAGAAAUAUUGCACUUGAAUAAAUCUGGACAGCAUGACAUCAGAGAGUAAUUAAGCCCGUUUGCGUUGGAAUUCCGUUUCCAAUUCCUGUGCUCAGGUUUGCGCGAGCACCUGCAGGUGCGUGUGUGUGCGCUGUUUUCACUGGACAGCGUUCAAACUCUGGGAAAGAGAGCGAGGGAGAGCGCGCAUUACGCCAUCCUUCCCUCCUGGAAAAAGUGGGAAUUUAAACAAGUCUCUCUGAAGAUAUCAAGCAGAACCGCUGGACUUCGGUGAAGGACGCUGCGCUUUCCUACUAGGAUCUUGGAUCUCCGCUUUUGGAGCUGGAUCACUAUGGUUCUGAAGAGCGGGACUCAUGGCGAUGUUUUGCGCAUAAUAAUCGAUCAGACGUUUCCAAAGCUUCAUCUGUACCUCUCCAAACCCGCUCAUGGUAGAGCUGUCCAUUUCUCCAUCACCGAAGCUCAGAGGAAGAUCAGAGGAUGAAAGUUCUGACUAGUCUCCCUCUUUUACUGGGCUUCUGGACUCUGCUGGACUUCAUCGUCGCCGGUCACAUGAGCACCGGAGCGGCCAAACUCAAUCCGCGGUUCCCUGUGGCGCGCAACGGCACCCCCGAUAACGCGAAGAUCUCCCGCAUCCGCGCCGGUCCUCCUCCGAUAAAGGCUGACGGAAACCCUGCGCGCGUCAGUUUAGGGCGCAAGGAGGCCGCGCGCUCUUGGGUACCCAAGGAUGCAGCAAACCUCGCAUCCCCUUCAAGCAUCCAGCACCACAGUAAAGCAGCUUCUACGCAGAAAUCCUCCGCUCCGGCCGCCGUCCGUGCCGCUCCUGCCGGGAUCAAGAGCAUCGCUCCGGCUCCGUCCCAUCUGCGGAUGAAGAGCGCGGUGAAGCUGGAGAACAGCGAAGAGCCCAAACACCCGCUAGUGAUCCCUCAUGACUACAUGCUGUCCCUGUACUGGUCCCUGACCAGCGGAGACGUCAAUACCAGUGUCCUGCACGAGGCGGGGAUGGCCAACACCAUCACCAGCUUUGUGGACAGAGGACAAGAUGAGCGUGCGCCCCUGCUGAGACGCCAGCGGUACGUCUUCAACAUCAGCUCAAUGGAGAAGGAGGGUCUGCUGGGUGCGGAGCUGCGGAUCCUCCGAAAGAAGCACAUGGACUCUCGAAAAGCCACUUUCUCUGAGGGCAUGGCAGUUCUGAGACUCUUCACCUGCGCCUCAGGUAAAAACGCAGCCGUCCUGCUGCAGGCGAGACCUUUCGACUCUCACAGCGCCUCCUACUGGGAGGUGUUUGACAUCUGGAAGGUGUUCAAGAACUUCAGAAACACUCCUCAGCUCUGCUUGGAGCUGGACGCCGUUGAUCACGGCCGACCGCUUGACUUGAGGUUACUGGGAUUGAGUCGGGCAGGACGGCAAACUAAGGAGAAAGCCUUCUUCGUGGUGUUCGGGCGCACAAAAAAGCGAGGGCUCUUUUACAAUGAAAUCAAAGCACGGUCCGGGCAUGAUAAUAAGACCGUGUAUGAGUAUCUGUUCACUCAGAGGCGGAUGCGUCGGGCACCGUUGCCGCGUGGGAAAAAACCAAUCAAGAACCCCAAACAGAGAUGCAACCGCAAGCAGUUGCACGUGAACUUCAAGGAAAUGGGCUGGGAUGACUGGAUCAUCGCUCCGCUGGAGUACGAGGCCUUUCACUGCGAUGGCGUCUGUGACUUUCCCAUCCGCUCCCAUUUAGAACCGACCAAUCACGCCAUCAUCCAGACUCUGAUGAACUCUAUGGACCCUAGAUCCACGCCGCCGACCUGCUGCGUGCCCACCAGACUCAGCCCCAUCAGCAUUCUGUACAUUGAUUCAGCCAAUAAUGUGGUGUACAAGCAGUACGAGGACAUGGUGGUGGAGAGCUGUGGCUGCAGGUAGCAAGACAUGAACAUUUACAUUUUGGGGUUUUGUGACUUCCAGACUUUGUCACAACGUUUUAAUAAGACUGCCAAAACUAAGAGUACGACUUUCAUUUGUUGCAAACGUAGCCCAGGCAUGCCCAAACUCGGUCCUGGAGGGCAAGUGUCCUGCAUAUUUUAGUUCCAACCCCAAUUAAAUAUAGCUGAACCAGCAAUUCAAGCUCUUUCUAGAUAUACUAGAAACUUCUAGACAGGUGUGUUGAAGUAAGUUGUAGCUAAACUCCCUCUAGGAACGAGUUUGGAGACCUCUGCUUCAGCAUUUCAACAUGGAUGGUUGUGCACAAUGCUGAAUUUAACAGAGAAUCUUUUAAAUCCCAUUUUAAUUUUUUGAAUUUGAAUACAGGUCACAAACACAAUGCAAAAUAGUUAUUUAAAUGUGAAAAUUAAGGAAUUUUAGACACUUUUCCAGUAUCGUGGUUAACAGUUCUAAUGCUGGGUUCACACCAAACAUGUAUCUCUCACUCUAGUUUACUCGUGGGACUUUCAUUAGGGUGUGGCUAAUUCACAUUCUCACUCGGUUCCAUUCCGAACGGCUCAUCUUUUCUCUUAUACUUUGAAGUCUUUACCCUACGGAGUGAGAGUUUCAAAGGGAUUAGGGUAUUUCCCUUCCGAAUGGAACACAAUGUGCGACAGAGUGUCAGUAGCUAUGUUUCCAUCCACCUAUUUUAUGCACAUUUUGCAAAUGCGCAUAAAAAAUCAGUUAAUGGAAACUCCAUGAUGCGCAUAAAUUUUGAAAAUGCGCAUAAAAAUCUUAUGCGCCUAACUGGGUAGGAUAAACUUUUUUAUUCGAUA